AUGGUGUUUUCGGUCCACCUGCUCCUUCUCAACCUACACAAGGAUGGGGUAGUCCUAACAAACGCGGUUCUAGACAGGGUAUACCUUCUUCUUCAUUAUCCUUAUCCUGAUCCUACAUACCUCCCCCUCGGUGUCACCCCCUCUCCACCACCACCACCUCAUCAAUUCAUCCCUCCAAAUUCUGUUCCCAAUCUCGCCGCUUUCACCCACAUGCCAACUUAUGGUUCUCAAUCCGUACCAGCCAUGAGAGACUGGAGAUCUUUCCCGGCCAACAUGCCAAUACCAGAAGACGACACGAUUCCCACUGCUAUAGUCAUAAAGAACAUACCUUUUGCAGUCACCAAAGAAACUCUUGAACAGGUCAUCAAAUCCCUCGGUGCUCCACUACCUUACGCUUUCAAUUAUCAUCUCGACAAUGGUGUCUUUCGAGGAUUAGCUUUUGCCAAUUUUCGCGCUUAUGAAGAAGCGGCCGCUGUGGUUGCUGCACUCAAUGGAUAUGAUGUUCAUGGACGAAAAUUACGUGUUGAAUAUAAAAAAGUACUUCAACCAGGAGAAAAGGAUAAGAUAGAAAGGGAGAAAGCAUUGAAAAGAAUGAGAAGUAUACAUUUCGAAAAAGAACUUCCCCCUCCUAUUUCUGUCAGUCGUGCCAAUGGUUUCAGUAACGGUUUAUUAUCUACCGAUUCUCCUCCUCAAUCAGCAUCUUCAGCAACAUCCGAUUCUCUUCCUGUUACUUUAGACUUUAACGAUCCUAUCACACUCGAUAUCCAUACACGUAUAGCCGUUUUCAAGGAAGAUCGUAUGCGUGACGAAUUAGCUUUCUCUCGUAAUUUAUCCCCGACCGAAAGACGCAUCGUCCAUCUUGUCGCUCAGAAAUUAGGAGUCACAACAAUUACAAAAGCUGAUGGUGAUAUAAAAUACGUUGUCGUUACACGUGAACAACCUCGGCCAUCUUUUACGACAUCGACUUCUGCUACUGUUUCAACAGCAUACCUAUCACCAUAUGGUGCAAUCCCCGAUCAACUCUCCCCUUCAUUGAGGAUGAAAAAAUCCAUGCCUGAUCUUAGAGGUUUCAACGGACCAGUGGUGGCUCGUGAUCCGGCCAGAUCAUUGACACCACAACGUUCAUCCGGUAAUCUUCGUGAUGGUUCAAGGGAAUACGUUUCCAUGGGUGCCGCUCACGGUCGUAGAGCGAAUGGUACAAGUGGAGGCAGUGGAUCUUUCAACAGUCUAUUUGGAAAUAGUCUCGAUAUUCCUCCUGUACCUCCUUUGCCUUCCGGUCUGGGUUUACAAAGAAACAGCAUGCCAUCGAUGCACGGGGCUAUGUACGCUUCUUCCGUUUCGACAAAUGGGACUGGAGAAAGUGAAGUGACCAAUGCUCCUUUGAGAAAUCCUAGAGGACCAGCGGGAGAUGCCAGGGGAUUUCAAACAUUACGUCCUUCGGCAAGUGGGAUACUUCGUGGUGGAUUGAGUGGAAGGGUGAGCGAGGAAGAAGAGGAGAUUGAGAGGGCGAGAACUAGGGAAAGUUUGGAUAUUUGA